AUGCUAUUUUUGUUAAAAGAAGAAAUGGCCCUCCAGGAGCUCACCCAGCGACUGGCCACAGUGAUCACUCAUGUCGAUGAAAUUAUGCAACAGGAAGUCAGACCUUUGGUGGCAGUGGACAUAAUAGAACAGCUUCACCGGCAAUUUGCCAUUCUUUCAGGAGGCCGAGGGAAGGAUGGUGCCCCCAUCAUCACUUUUCCAGAGUUUGUGGGGUUUAAACACAUCCCAGAGGAGGACUUCCUGAAUGUCAUGACCUACCUGACUAGCAUCCCCAGUGUGGAGGCUGCCAACAUUGGAUUCGUCAUUGUGAUUGACAGAAGAAGGGACAAGUGGAGCUCCAUAAAGGCAUCCUUGACACGAAUAGCAGUGGCAUUUCCAGGAAACUUACAGCUCAUAUUCAUCCUUCGUCCAUCUCGCCUUAUCCAGAGAACAUUCACUGACAUUGGCAUUAAAUACUAUCGAGAUGAAUUUAAGAUGAAAGUGCCGAUCAUCAUGUUAAACUCAGUUUCUGACCUUCAUGGCUACAUUGACAAAAGUCAGCUGACACAGGAGUUAGGGGGAACUCUGGAAUACCGCCACAGUCAGUGGAUAAAUCAUCGCACUGCCAUAGAAAACUUUGCCUUGACAUUGAAGAAUACUGCUCAGAUGCUGCAGACAUUUGGGUCCUGCCUGUCCAUGACAGAGCUGCCCAGAGGCAUGCUCUCCACUGAAGACCUUCUCAUGUCCCACACAAGACAGCAGGACAAACUGCAGGAUGAGCUGAAAUUACUUGGAGAACAAGGGACCACCCUACUGUCAUGCAUCCAAGAACCAACAACCAAAAAUCCCACCAGAAAACUCAAUAUCAGUGAACUUGAGAAUGUAGCUACCAUGGAAAGGCUAUUAGUUCAAUUGGAUGAAACAGAAAAAGCCUUUAGUCAGUUUUGGUCUGAGCAUCACCUGAAACUUAACCAAUGCCUACAACUACAGCGCUUUGAGCACAAUUUUUAUAAGGUUAAACUUGCCCUGGAAAAUUUGCUGGAAGAGCUAGCAGAGUUUACGGGCAUUGGAGACAGCGUGAUGCAUGUGGAACAACUUCUUAAGGAACACAAAAAACUGGAGGAAAAGGGCCAGGAGUCCCUGGAGAAGGCCCAGCUGCUUGCACUGGCUGGAGACCAGCUCAUCCAAGACCAUCAUUACUCAGUGGACUCCAUUAGGCCCCAGUGUGUGGAGCUCAGGCACCUCUGUGAUGACUUCAUCAAUGAAAACAAGAAAAAACAUGACACUUUGGGAAAGUCCUUGGAGUUGCAUAGACAGCUGGACAAGGUCAGUCAGUGGUGUGAAGCAGGAAUCUACCUCUUGGCUUCCCAAGCUGUAGACAAGUGCCAGUCUCGAGAGGGGGUCGACAUUGCCUUGAAUGACAUUGAAGCAUUCCUGGGCACUGCCAAGGAGUACCGGUUACUCAACCCCAAGGAGUUUUACAACAAGUUUGAGUUGAUACUCACUGUUGACAUAAAGGCCAAAGCCCAGAAAGUUCUGCAGAAGCUGAGUGAUGUGCAGGAAAUAUUUCACAAGAGGCAAGUGAGUCUGAUGAAAUUGGCAGCCAAACAGACUCGCCCAGUACAACAUGUCGCCCCCCAUCCUGAGUCCUCCCCAAAGUGGGUGUCACCAAAAACCAACCAGCCCUCYGCCUUGGCUCCUCUUCCAAGAACAUCUGAGGAACCUCACACAGAGACAGAUUUGAACUCCCUGGAAAAGGAAGAUGAUGGAACUAAAUUCGAAGUCAAGAAUGAAGAAAUAUUUACAAGGAGUCAUGAUGACGGGAACCCUGAGUUGGAGCGGCUUGACAGAGAAGACCUUUCCCCUCGAAAACGCAUUGUACGUGACUUGCUUGAGACUGAAGAAGUGUACAUAAAAGAAAUGGAGAGCAUAAUCGAUGGAUACAUCACUCCAAUGGAUUUUAUCUGGUUGAAACAUCUGAUUCCAGAUGCUCUUCAGAAUAACAAGGACUUUCUCUUUGGGAAUAUUAAAGAACUUUAUGAAUUUCAUAGCAGGACUUUUCUAAAAGAAUUGGAAAAGUGCACCGAAAACCCUGAACUUCUGGCCUGUUGUUUUCUCAAGAGAAAAGAAGAUCUCCAAAUAUAUUUUAAAUACCAUAGGAAUCUGCCCCGAGCAAUGGCCAUCUGGCAAGAGUGUCAAGACUGCGCCUACUUUGGGGUAUGCCAGCGUCAACUGGAUCAUAGUCUCCCUCUUUUUAAGUAUCUUAGAGGACCAAGCCAGAGACUGAUAAAAUACCAGAUGCUGUUGAAGGGUCUGCUGGAUCUUGAAUCUCCUGAAGAUGUGGAAAUAGACCCAGGAGGUCUAGAAGGAGGCUCUACCAAGGAUGGGCCAAAGAGGACCGAAAAUUCCUCAUUCUCAGCUGAGCUUGGACAAGCUUUGGCAGUGAUCGAGGAUUUGAUCAAGUCCUGUGACUUGGCGGUGGACCUAGCAGCAGUCUCUGGAUGUCCGGAUGAUAUCGGGAAACUGGGCAAGCUGUUGAUGCACGGCCCUUUCAAUGUCUGGACAAUUCACAAGGAUCGUUAUAAAAUGAAGGAUUUUAUUAGAUUUAAACCCAGCCAGAGGCAAAUCUAUCUAUUCGAAAGAGGAAUCGUGUUCUGUAAGAUUCGAAUGGAGCCUGGUGACCAGGGGCCAUCUCCUCAUUACAGCUUUAAGAAGUGGAUGAAGUUGGUGACACUUUCAAUUCGCCCACUUGGAAGGGGGGGCAAUAAAAAGUUUGAAAUUGCCAACCGAAAUGGACUUGAGAAAUACAUCCUGCAGGCAACCUCAAAAGAAAUCAGAGAUUGUUGGUUUUCAGAAAUAAGUAAAUUAUUGAUGGAACAACAAAACAAUAUUAAAGGUCAAGGGAAUCUACAAUUUGAAGCAACCACUGGCAAAGGCAAUGGAGUGGAAUGUGUUCCUGGGACUGAAAACACAGAUAGAGCUACAACUAGCAAGGAAGAGCCAGUCUCCAGCACUCAUGGAAUGAAAGGCUGCUCCAGCAGGGAGUUUGUCUCCACGGAAACCUUUGAAGGUGGUGAAGGUGGCGGAGAUAUGGACAAGGAGAGCAGUGUGCUGAGUCUCUCAGGACUUUUCCAGUCUGAGGACAGUUAUGAAACCUGUUCCCCCAAAACGGUUUCCCUGGAGAAAGGAGAAAGCACCGAGGGAGGAACAGAAGAACGUGAUGAGAAGAAAGCGGCAUCCAGCAGCACARAGGGGCGCGCUGGGGUGUCCCCUGGCCUGGCCGUUCCUGCGGGGGAGACGACGGGUGUCCAGGAGCAGGCAGUACGGGCGAUCGCAGCAAGCCCGAGAUCCUCCUCCACGGAGAACUGA